AGUCUUCGAGAGGGAGGAACCUGUCUGAAGGAGGAACGUGUCUGAAGGAGGAUGGAAGGGUCCCUUUUAGGGUCGUUCUUUAUCUUCGCAUAAGAAAACGGAUUGGCCUGGUCUAAAGCAACUAAAGACCCUAGGAUUGCUGCAGGUCAGCAGUCCCCACUGGAGAAAAAAAUCUUGGAAGAAAGUGUUCUAAUCUUCCUCUCUGAUUCCCCCUGCUCCCAACCCUCGAAGGUUAUCUUGAUGAGAUCGCUAUAGGUCUCCUUUGUUGACUCCUCAUCUUCCCAGUCUCUAAACGUUGGAGUGCUCCAGAGGUUCCUAGAGGUGGGCACCAGCCGGUGGCUGGAAGCAGGGUGAAACUGAAGGCAGACGCUUUCGUAGCCCCAACUUGGCAUUACUGGACAAUGGCAGCUGAGCCAAGGGGACCAGGGGCCCUGAACUCUGUAGCCUAGGCUUUGAGGGAACCAAAGAUGUUCUCAGUUGUGAAAGAGGAGAAUUUUUGACAGCAGAACAAAAAAGGAAGACAGCCCCUUGGAGCAAAUACAUUUGUCACAGGAAGCGACGUCAAACCCUGAGGCCUUUGCAAAGCCUUUCCAUCUGCUCAGUUACUGGGAGGUAGAUAGCCUCAGGAGGGAGACCAGUCAGCUUUGGGGACCAGGCCAGGAGUGGAUAAAGCUAGAAAGAGAUACCAUGGAAGAGAAGGCAUUUGGCCAUCUGAAGCCUGUCGAACCUGUACAGAAGCUGCUUCCUCAGGUGGAUGAGGAGGCCCUGCAGGAAGAUAUGAAGAGAGAGUGCUGGCAGAAGGCGUGGGUGAAGAAGCCGGUCACCUUUGAGGAUGUGGCAGUGAAUUUCACCCCGGAAGAGUGGGAAUGUCUGGAUGCCAGUCAGAGGGUCCUCUACCAGGAUGUUAUGUCAAAGACCUUCGAAAACCUGAUGUCUGUGGCCAGAUUCUUUCUGUCUAAUCCAAAUCUGACCACCAAGCUUGAACAAGAAGAGAAACAGUGGAGAGCAGAUCUCUGUCACCAAAAUGAAAAAGGCCUCCCUUCAGAAGGCAAGAAGGAGGAACUUCAAGAACAGACUCAGAGUUUGAGAGAUGAGGGGACUAGCGAUGACAGGAAAGUCUCCCUUGCUUGCAGAGGGGCAAGCCCAUCCUCUGAUUUAGCUGGGUCCAUGGACAGGACCCCAGAGUUCUCAGCAUCUUCAACUGGGCCACCCUUUUCCUGCCACAUAUGUGGCAGGUGUUUCAGCAAGCGCUCCAACCUCCGCAGCCACCAGUUUGUUCACAAUCCCAAGCAGACUAACAACUGCAGCCAGUGUGGGAAGUCAUUUCGGAACCCCAAGGCCCUCAGCUACCACGCACGCAUGCAUCUUGGGGAAAAGCCCUUCCGUUGCUCACUCUGUGACAAGACCUACUGUGAUGCUUCUGGACUGAGUCGUCAUCGCCGUGUCCAUCUGGGUUACCGGCCCCAUUCAUGCUCCUGUGGGAAGAGCUUCCGGGACCAGUCUGAGCUCAAACGCCACCAGAAGAUACACCAAAACCAGGAGCCAGUGGCUGGAAACCAGAAGCAUAUUGUGAGGAUUCCAGGUACCACAGCUGGAUUCCAGGGACCCAUUGUCAGGAGCCAGGUAUCCAUCCAGGGCCUUGCAGCUGGGAACCAUGCACCAGUGGCCAGGACUCAAGGACCCAUAUUUAGAACCAAGGGUCCUGAGGCUCAGAAGGAGGCACCUGUAGCCAAGAACCAGGUGGUCACUGUGAGAACUCGGGCACCAGUUAUUACCACCCCUAGGCCUGUGAAUAGGACCCAGGCAGCCAACUCUAGGGCCCCCUGCCCGGAAACCAAGUCCAACUCUCAUCCAACAAAGCCUUCAAGAUUCAAAGUCUUCUCUUGCCCUCAUUGCCCCUUGACUUUUAGCAAGAAAGCCCAUCUCUCCAGCCACCAGAAGGCCCACCUCACAGAGCAGCCCAACUGCUGCUUCCACUGUAGCAAGUCCUUCAACUCAUUCUCUGAGCUGGUCAGGCACCAGCAGACUCAUUGGAAGCAGAAGAUCUACCGUUGCCCUAUCUGCGACAUCUGCUUUGGGGAGAAGGAGGGCCUUAUGGGUCAUUGGGGGAGCUACAAAGGCAAGGGGCUGUGCCUGGGCAGUCCCCAUAAAUGCUCAGAGAUCCUGGGUCAGUGGUUUGGCUCCUUUCAGGAUGCCUCCUCCAAGGCAGGGAAGGAAAUGGAUCUCCUAGGAUCCAUACCCCAAGGAGAGGGGAGGGAGGGGAGGGAGAAGGUGCGCAGAGGCAAGAAAGUGUUGAGGUGGUGAAGGGCUUGGAAUAUAAAUAAAUGGCCUUUCUGAUGGAGGUCUUUCUUUGUGUUUGGUUUUCCUGAGGACUGACCUCCAGGGUAAGGAGGCUGGGGUAGAGGAAGAGAGGUGAUGAGGUAAUGAAGGAAAGGGAGAAAGGAGGGGCUGGCCCCGUGGCCGAGUGGUUAAGUUCGCGUGCUCCGCUGCAGGCGGCCCAGUGUUUUGUUGGUUCGAAUCCUGGGCGCGGACAUG